AACCAAGGUAGGGGGAUUGGCAUUUAUUCCGAGGCCCUUAUAGGCAACACUAAUGAGGGCUUGUCUCAAAACAUCAACCCAUCUCGCUCCUUUAAAUGAAGCUGUUUAGCAUUAUACUAAGUUUUUACUUCAUGCUCACUAAAGACAGAGCAGUUCUGCGAUAGAGAAAAGGAGAGAAACAUCUUCCUGUUUUCUUUAACCAUCCCACUCUCUUCUUGGAUUUGGCCUAAUAAGAGUGUAGGCAGCAGGCAGAGAUGGUCCAGUCAAUGGCCUCCCGCCAUAGCAAGAACAAUCCCUGAUGCUUGUCAGCCAGCUCUUCUAAACAGACCCAGUGAUUACAGCCGGUGCCAAUAAAAAAGGACUGAACAAAACUAAGGCUUCGGGAUAAACAGAAACCAUCACCCCGAUCCAGAUGGUCUUCAUUCGUAAGAGCAAAUGGGUUCCAAUCCAGCCUUUAGAUCUAACGUCCAGGAGGCAGGAAGUACCGAGAGAGAAAUAUGUUGAAGACACCACAAAGAAGCCAUAAGACAAAUCCAGAAGGCAGCCUGUUUCUUUCAACACACAAUGCCAUUCCAAAAAAGGAAGAAGGGGCUUCAGAAGGAGGCCCUUCUAGGGUAAAAAAUCUGCAAUCAAAUGGAAUGCAGAUUCUCUGAUUGCCUCUAGAUCUAGGUGAAGUUCUGGGUACCCUGGUUGGAGCCCGGAGAGAGUCCCCAGAGUCGCCUUGGAGAGGUCACAGUCAUUGGACCACCUGUGCACCAUGCCGGCCUGGCCCCGAGCACCUACUCAGGUCCUCUGCUCACACUGAAUAACGUGUCACCGUUGCCACACCACGAAGGUCAUGGAAGGGAUGGAGGACGCCGAGGCCGAUUGCUCGGUUGCCUUCGCGGAGGCUCAGAGAUGGGUGGAGGCUGUAACUGAGAAGAAUUUUGAAACAACGGACUUUCGAGCCUCUCUAGAAAAUGGUGUUCUGUUGUGUGAUUUGAUUAAUAAGCUCAAACCUGGAGUCAUUAAGAAGAUCAAUAGACUGUCUACCCCAAUAGCAGGUUUGGAUAACAUAAACGUUUUUUUGAAAGCCUGUGAACAGAUUGGAUUGAAAGAAGCCCAGCUUUUUCAUCCCGGGGAUCUACAGGAUUUAUCAAACCGAGUCACCGUCAAGCAAGAAGAGACUGACAGGAGACUGAAAAAUGUUUUGAUAACUUUGUACUGGCUGGGAAGAAAAGCACAAAAUAACCCCUACUAUAAUGGUCCCUAUCUCAAUUUGAAAGCUUUUGAGACUCUCUUAGGACAAGCUUUGACUAAGGCACUUGAAGAUUCUAGCUGCCUGAAAAGAAGUGGCCGGGAUAGUGGCUACGGGGAUAUCUGGUGUCCUGACAGAGGAGAAUUUCCUGCCCCUCCAGGUAGCCACCGGAGGGAAGAUUCCUUUGAAAGCUUGGACUCUCUGGGGUCUAGGUCACUGACUAGCUGCUCCUCAGACCUCACUCUUAGAGGUGGAAAGGAAGGUUGCGAAAGUGACAUCGAUUGGGAAUUUACAUUCAAAAUGCAGGAUCAUAACAAAGAUGAUAUGUCCUACCGAAGGAUUUCGGCCAUUGAGCCAAAGUCGGCUCUACCGUUCAAUCGCUUCUUGCCUAACAAGAGUAAGCAGCCAUCCUAUGUGCCAGCACCUUUGCGGAAGAAGAGGCCAGACAAAAAUGAGGAUAACAGAAGAAGCUGGGCAAGCCCUGUCUACACAGAAACAGACGGAACAUUUUCAAGUACCCAGAGGAGAACUUGGGGUCCCAGGAUGGAGACCUGGCACACAGUCCACGAAACUUCCACCUCUUCUUGGUGUUUAGAAGAGGAAGAAGAAAAAGUCACGCGAAUGCCCAACAUUGUGAAGGAUGAUCUCUAUGUGCGGAGGCUUAGCCCAGUCAUGCCAAGCCCAGGGAGCUCUUUUGAUCAGUUCCUUCCUAAAUGUUGGACCCCAGAAGAUAUGAACUGGAAAACAAUAAAGAGAGAGACUUAUAAGCCAUGGUAUAAGGAAUUUCAGGGAUUCAGAAGGAAUUCUGACUCUGAGGAUGAGGACCCGGGCUUUUUCCGAAGCUCCACCGUUUUUAGUGGACUAGAAAAGGCAGAACAUAGAUUAGGCAGCAACUACCAAAGACCUUCACUCUUGCUGGAGCUAGCUACCAAACAUGCUAUGAGGUCACGGGACACCCAUGCAGCCAGGAGGACUGGCGGUGCUUUGGAGGAAUCCAGUCAGUUUUUAUUGCUUCAGGCCCUCCAAACCUACUCUGAUGACAUCUUGUCUUCGGAAACAAAGGUCAAACUCGAUCCUACCUCUGGCCCAAGGCUCAUAACUCGCAGGAAGAACCUCUCUCUCGCACCAGGCUAUCGCACCCAUGACCUUGCGCUGCCAGCCCUAGACCCUGACUUAGAAAAUGAUGAUUUCUUUGUCAGAAAAACGGGGGCUUUCCAUGCAAACCCGUGUGUCCUUCGAGCCUUUGAAGACUUCAGAAGGUUCUCUGAGCCGGACGAUGCCGUGGAACGAGAUAUAAUUUUGCAGUGUCGGGAAGGUGAACUCGUACUUCCAGAUUUAGAAAAGGAUGAUAUGAUUGUUCGCAGGAUCCCAGCUCAGAAGAAAGAAGUGCCCCUUUCUGGGGCUCCAGAUAAAUACCAGCCGGUCCCUUUCCCUGAACCCUGGACCCUACCUCCGGAAAUCCAAGCAAAAUUUCUCUCUGUGCUCGAAAGGACAUGCCCAUCCAAAGAAAAAAGCAGUGGCUGUAGAGUGUCAGUACCUUCCCAUCGACAGAAGAAAGAUGACAUGUUGACGCGCAAGAUCCAGUCUUGGAAGCUGGGGACUGCUGUGCCUCCCGUCAGCUUCAGGCCUGGCCCGUGCAGCGAGGCUGACCUGCAGAAGUGGGAGGCCAUCCGGGAGGCCAGCAGGCUUAGGCACAGGAAGCGGCUGAUGGUUGAGAGACUCUUUCAAAAGAUUUAUGGUGAGAAUGGGAGCAAGUCUAUGAGCGAUGUCAGUGCAGAGGAUGUUCAGAACCUGCGUCAGCUGCGCUACGAGGAGAUGCAGAAAAUAAAAUCCCAGCUGAAAGAACAAGAUCAGAAAUGGCAGGAUGACCUUGCAAAAUGGAAAAAUCGUCGGAAGAGCUACACUUCAGAUCUGCAGAAGAAAAAGGAAGAGCGGGAAGAGAUUGAAAAGCAGGCACUUGAGAAGUCUGACCGAAGCUCCAAGACAUUUAGGGAAAUGCUGCAGGACAGGGAAUCUCGAAGUUCUACAAUUACAUCUCGGAGAAGGCUCUAUUCCUCUGAUGACAUCCUGGAUGAUGGAGUAGUGCUCCCUCCUACAGUGACUCUGUCAGAAACUAGUUACCAGAGUGAGAGGCUAGAAGACAAGGCAAGAGCUCAUCCUGCUGAGAUGCCCAAGGAGGAUCCCACAGCAUUUGCAAAUAGAGAGGACAGUGUAGCAGCUGAGAUUCAGCUUGCUUCUCAUAUUCAUGAAGAGCAACGUCUGACCCCUUCGCCUUCUGCAGAACCGCACCAGGCCUCUUUACCUUCUGCAGAAUCUCACCAGGCCCAUUUGCCUUCUGCAGAACCGCACCAGGCCCGGUUGCCUUCCGCAGAACCGCACCAGGCCGUAUUGCUGUCCGCAGAAGCGCACCAAGCCCCAUUGCCUUCUGUAGAAUCAAACCAGGGCCCAUUGCUGUCCACAGAACCGCACCCGGCCUCUUUGCCUUCCGCAUCGCAGCAUCCAUUCUCACUCUCUUCUCAGCAGUCAUGGAGUACAAGAGGAGAGUCAACUCGGAUUUCAGCUUCUCUCCCUAGAAGUUACCAGAGAACCGAUACAGCCAGGUUAACAUCUGUGGUCACAGCGAGACCUUUUGGCACAUCAUCAAGGGGAAUCUCAUCACUGCCCAGAUCCUACACGAUGGAUGAUGGCUGGAAAUACAAUGGAGAUGUUGAAGUUGUCAAGAGAGAGCAACUCGAUUUGGGCAGAGCCACUGGCCUGAAGCCUGACUCCAGCCAUUUUAUUUCGGGCUCAUCCAGUGAGAAGGAGGAAGCCACAGGAGAAGAUGUGGAGAGCUUGUCCUCUCCCACACUCCCUUCGUCAUCUCUCUCCCACGACCAGGCAGCCUCUUCCAAAGCCAUGUUCUCAUCAAUGUCUGGUCUGGAUUCAGUGUCUGACUCUGCAGAAGGGAGAGGUUCACCACUGAGGGAAGUUUCCAGGUCCCUGGAUCAGUUCAGUGAUAUGAGAAUCAGCAUAAACCAGACGCCCGGGAACAAACAUGCCUUUGGGUUUACAAUAAAAUGGGAUGUUUCUGGGAUCUUCGUAGCAUCAGUCGAAAAAGGUAGCCCAGCAGAAUUUUCUCAGCUGCAGGUAGAUGAUGAAAUUCUCGCCAUCAAUAACACCAAGUUUUCAUAUAAGGAUACAAAAAAGUGGGAGGAAGCUAUGGCAAAUGCUCAAGAAUCUGGACACUUAGUGAUGGAUGUCCGGCGCUACGGACAGUCUGACUGGGGCAGAGACCAACCUUCCCUGCCAUUUAUACGGCAGAAAACCCUCAAUCUUACCAGUGUGGCUACCAAAAUUAUAGGUUCACCUGAAACAAAGUGGAUCGAUACAACUUCAGGAAUUUACAACACAGACAAGUCUUCAAGUCUAUCAGUAACAACUGAUUUCUCUGAAAGCCUUCAGAGUCCUUAUACUGAAUCCAAAGAAAUCAAUGGAACUCACGAGGAGAGCAACACCUUUGAUUCAAAAGCAUCAGAAUCCAUAUCUUUGAAAAAUUUAAAAAGGCGAUCACAAUUUUUUGAACAAGGAAGCUCUGACUCUGUGGCUCCAGAUCUUCCGGUUCCAACCCUCAGUGCCCCAAGUCGCUGGGCCUGGGAUCAGGAGGAGGAGAGACGCCGGCAGGAGCGGUGGCAGAAAGAGCAAGAUCGCCUACUGCAGGAAAAAUACCAGCGUGAGCAGGAGAAGCUGAGGGAAGAGUGGCAGCGGGCUCAACAGGAGGCCGAGAGAGAGAAUUCCAAGUACCUGGAUGAGGAGCUGAUGGUCCUAAAUUCCAACAGCAUUUCUCUGACCUCCCGGGAGCCUAUGGCUGCCACCUGGGAAGCCACCUGGAGUGAAGGGUCCAAGUCUUUGGACAGGGAAGGCACCCGAGCGGGAGAGGAGGACAGGGGACAGCUGGAAGACGAUGCUGUGUAUGAGGACCACAGUCAGAAGCUACAGGAACAGCUCAUGCUGGAGCAGGAGAAGAAACGGAAGGAGCAAGAGGCCCAGGAAGCAGAGCUCCGGAAGCAGCGGGAGGCUGAGGCCCAGGCCCAGGCAGAGGCAGAAGCCAAGGCUCGAGCAGAGGCCCAGGCCCAGGCCCAGGCCCAGGCCCAGGCCCAGGCUGAGGCUCAAAGACGAGCUGAAGCACAGAAGGUCGGGGCAGAGAGGGAACGAGAAACGUCAGUCAAAAUAUACCAGUACCGGAGGCCUAUUGAUUCUUACGAUCUACCAAAGAGAGAUGAUGACUCUUCAGGGUUGCUUCCAAUUGACAGGAGUAAAUCAAGAUCUACUACAGAACUAAAUGACUCCCUCAUAGAGAAAAAUGGAAGCAGCAAAUACUCAGAGAGAAUUGGGACCACUAGCUUUUCACAAAGGAGUUCUAAGAAGGAGCAAGCCCCCUCAGAAGCAGAGUUGGAGAGACAGCAAAUCCUUCAGGAAAUGAGGAAGAGAACAUCUCUCCACAAUGACAACAGCUGGAUCCGACAGCGCAGUGCCAGUGUUAACAAGGAGCCCAUCUGCCUGUCCGGGAUCAUGAGGCGAGGGGAGUCUCUGGACAAUCUGGAUUCCCAGCGGCCAAGUUCUUGGAGGCAGUCCCCUUGGCACAGCCAGCCUGCAGGCGUCUAUGCAUCUUCCUCUGUCCAAGACUUCAGUCGCCCCCCACCGCAGCUCUUGUCUACAUCAAACCGAGCCUACAUGCGGAACCCGUCGUCUGCGGUGCCGCCCCCAACCAGCUCCGUGAAGACCUCCCCAGGCUCUCCCUCUCCACGCAGCCAUUCUCCUUCCAUGUCGCAGUCGGGCUCUCAGCUACGGAACAGGUCAGUGAGUGGGAAGCGCGUGUGCUCCUACUGUAAUAACAUUCUGGGCAAAGGAGCUGCCAUGAUCAUCGAGACCUUGGGUCUUUGUUAUCAUUUACCUUGUUUUAAGUGUGUCUCCUGUGGGUGCGACCUCGGAGGCUCUUCCUCAGGAGCCGAAGUCAGAAUCCGAAACCAUCAACUGUACUGCAAUGACUGCUAUCUCCGAUUCAAAUGUAAGAGAGCAAAUCAGAGAGAAAAUUUCUUGUCUUUUGAGGAGAACACGGGUUCCUAUGUGUUUCCCUGAGCCUGCAGCUACCUCCUCCUCCCCAGGGUCCCUGCCAUAGGAUCCUGGGUUCAGGGAUCACAGCCUAUCCUCUUCAAAGAGGCUAUGUAAUGAGUUUCAGCCACUUAGGGAGAGGAUUGUAGGGUCAGGAACCUGGAGGGGCUUGUAUCCAGAAAUCAGGACAUUGACUGUGGUUUGCAAAGAUCCUGGAGAAACUUCUAAUGACUCAUGGAAACAGGAUACAGGGUUAAGGCAAGUCCUCUGAACACACUUUGGCCUGCCUCCUGAUGAAGGCUUCAUCUUCAUCAUCAACUUAUUUCCAUAUCUAAUGAUAACAUCUUAAUGUGAUUUACAAUGUAAUCAGCUUUGAAAAUGCUUAUGUUACUAUAUAACCAUGUAUCCAUACAUAAAAUUUUGAAAAAAAAAAGAACCUUAAUUCUGUUUAUAUGGUGUUUCAGUGUUAACAAAAUUAAGUGCUCCUUUCUUCCUAAGCAUAUGUUUGAGUAUCAUAGAGUGUAGGGUAGCAUGACUCUAUUGUGUGUCGUUUAUAGCCUCAGACGGACAACAGCUAUUGCUGUAUAUAUAGUUUGGAACUUUGAUGCUGGUAACGUUUUUCUUCCUUGUUGUGAAAGGGUGUUACAAGUGCUAUCUACAAACCUAUUGCUUUUGAACUCAGAGGUAUUUAUAUGGUCCCUUAUGUGCAGAGUGUUUGGAAAUGAUUUCAACCGGUCAGCUCUCUUUUACCUGUCAGCAGUUUCUCUCCUGGUUGUCCAGGCCUUCCUGGAAUGCUGACCCUGAAGUUGGGAGAGUGUCAAGGCUGGGCAGGGGGUCCUGGGGGUGUGUAUGUGUGUGCACUUUUCUUUCUUAAACCCAAAGCCAAAUAGAAUUGAUUUUUGGAACCAUUGCCCAUGCCUUUUCUCUCCUUCAGUACAAGUAACAGAGAGUUGAAGGUUUUGUUUUCUGUGUUCUGACUUAGCAGUUCAUUUAUACUCUGUGUUUUACAAAUAAAGCAUUCUAGACCCCA